AUGGCACCACUCGCUAAGCGGCCACGAAGGUCCGACGACGUCGAUGCAUCGAGCGGAGUGUACUACGACAACGUGCCAGGCACCUCGAUGACGCGUGCCUCGGCGGGACCUGCAUCGUCCAUCGCCGCACCACAGCAUCCGGCCUACUUUCCGGCACACGGACCCAAUGGCGUUUCGUACACCAGCAUGGGUGCUCCGGUCAGUCCUUUGCUGGCGUCUGAGCCUGGCGGCCGAUCGCUCGCGCCGCCAACAGCGUCGUCCAUGCCGCACGGCCUCAGCCAGAUGCACAGCUCGGGAACCGAAGACAACGAGGACAUGGCGCCACCCAAGAGCAGCUCAGCUCAGGGCACACGUGGGCGUGGUCGCGGACGUGGUCGUGCACGAGGUCGAGGUCGCGGUCGAGGUACUGCCCGUGCCGCUGUAGAUCAUGCCGACGUCUCGCAGUCGUACAGCGACGCGCAUGCCUUUGCCCCGAGCACCCACGAUGCGAUGCUCGAAGACGACGCCGAGCCCGUCGCCGAGCCUUUGGUGUUCCAGUGUCGUCAGUGCUUCCGACUUUUGGGCGACUCGUUCGCAUUCGUGGCGACCGACACCGAGCUGGGCUACGUCGUCCUCUCCGACGUCUCGGAUGUCGUCUCCCAGGACACCACCUUUCAGACCUCGACCCAACCAGGCAAGGACAUGGGCGCCACCUUUGCGCUCCUGCGCUGUGGAGGCUGCAAAGCCACCGUCGGUCGCACCUACCGAACCACGCCACGGCACUUGGACGACCUGCGCGACUGCGCCAGCCUCGAUGUGGACGCGGUCACAACAUACCGCCUCGGGUCGAACGCCACGCUUCAGCUGGAAGAACCACCAAGCCCUGCGAGGGGGGAAGACGAGGUAGGAAGCACGACAGUGAGUGGAGACAAGGCGUUGGAGCAAAAGAUGGAGCGCACGCGCGCACUCACGAUUGAGCUCAGCGACCGGCUUAUCAAAGCCGAGGCGGAUAUUCGCAGAUACAGCAAUCUCGUCGACCAGUUGCUCGCGGCGCGGGAUGCGCGGCUCCCAUCCACCCAGCCCGCAGAAGCAGAAGCAGAGGCACGAGUCGAAGCGCCACCGCCACCGCAGGACGCAGCGGCAGAAGUGCGAGAGCCCACCGCCACCCCGCCUCGCGUCCGCACCGCCGAGGCCGAGGCCGAAAACGAGGCGCCGCCGUCUCAAUCACCCCUCAAGCCCAAGCAAGAGCCCGACACAUCCAGACGCAAGUCGCUGCCUCCGCCGGCUCGUGCCACGCGCAGCUCCCGCGCUUCCAACCUCGUCGUUCUGGUAGACAGCGCCAACAACACGUCAUUAUCCUGA